AUGUCUCAAUACUCCUCGACAUCGAGCAACACUCUUGUGGGCGGCGGAGGCGGGGGUGCUACUACUCCGACGCCGGCGAGCAUGAGCUCAACGACGCUCAGGUACCCAUCGACCCGCAAGACGAUCUACGACCGCAAUCUGAACCGGUCACGGAACGCGGAACUCGGACGGUCCAGCUUCGCAUAUCUAUUCAUGGAAAUGGUGUCGUACGCGCAGCGACGGGUCAAGGGGAUCCAGGAUUUCGAAAAGAGACUGAACGAACAAGGAUAUCCGCUGGGGCUGAAACUACUGGACCUGAUGCUGUACCGCUCCAGCCCGGCCGGCAGUUCAGGCUCGAGUUCCUCAACUGCUCCCGCCGCAGGCGCUUCCAACCGUCCGUUGCGUCUCCUCCCACUGCUCACUCUGCUUACUACAAAACUGUACCCUUUGCUCUUCUCGCGGCCUGCCGAUUCCCUCGAACAGUCAACCACCAACCCGGGCGAGUAUAUGAUUAUCGAUAACACACCCUUGACUAACCAGUAUAUCUCGGUACCUAAGGAGAUGAGUCAGUUGAGUGUUGCGGCUUAUAUUGCUGGUAUUAUUGAGGGUGUGUGCGACGGCGCUGGGUUCCCGUGCAAGGCCUCUGCCCACAACACGGGCACCGAUGUCUGGCCUAACAGAACUGUGUUUCUGAUUAAGUUCGAGGACCAUGUCCUAGAGCGUGAGAAGGAGCUUGAACGCCAGGGGAUCAAGUGA